AUGGCUCCAACCGCAUUCGCCACGUUCUGGCGGACCGACCUCGUUCGCGAAUGCUUCCUAUCUCAUGUCCAGAAGGAUGAUUUGCAAUCCCUACGACUCGUGAGCAAGGCCUUCGCCGGCGACGUCGCUCCGACCCUUUUCAAGAAUCUCGAAAUCCAUUUCAGUACGAACACAUUAUCGCGCCGGUCGCGUAUGUCUGCAUUGAAUAGGAUUGGCUACCAUGUGCGACGCCUGUCCUUCAUCAUGCCACACCACUCCGACACCUUCCUUCCUCCGUUGCUCAUUCCAGGCACACUGGACGAAGUCACCUUCAUAUACGAACCCCGGGUCAACAACUCAAGACCGCAUUCCUCUUCCAGUUCUUCCUCCUCAUCCUCAUCGGUUUCCAAAUUCGGCUCCUGGGAGAUGAACGACCUACUGGUCAAGCAAUAUCCCCCUUUAUUUCACGCCGCCACCAACGUGGACUCAUUCUUCCAGGCAGUUAGUUCAAUGCCAAGGUUACAGCACCUCCAUGUCUCUUGCCCUGGUCAACCCGCAGGUCAAAGAUACCGAAAGGAUAUUGUUGACUAUGCUUUGAUAUCGCUAAGGUUGGCGGUGGAAGCUGCCAAACCAAGUCAGCUAGAAUCAUUGACGUUGGCGCCGAUACAUCCUGCAGCUGUGUUUUACCUUCGUCCUCACCUGAGCAUCGGGACAUCUCCAGCAUCCUCCCGAGUUUGGAAAGGCAUCAAAUCUCUGGGUAUUGAAAUGGAUGCUUUCGAAUAUGGCCGCAAUCAGCCGUCGGACCACCUGAAGAUUCUGCAUAGCUACCUGCAGACGUUCCAGGCUCUGGAACAUUUCAAGUUCGAAUGGCUCGGCAACAAAGGGCCCUGUCCCUUGGCUCUUCACAUUGAGCCUUGCACGUCGCGCCCGACGUCUUUAGACUGUUCAAAGGCGUGCCCAGACGCCAGUACGAGAUCGCCGUGCAGACCUCUCAGGUUCCGGCAUCUGAAAUCGAUGCGCCUCAGCAACGCAAGCUUGGACGCUAUUCAAGCCUCUGGCUUUAUCAUGAGCCAUCGAAAAGUACUGCACGAAUUUCAAUUCGACCAUUGCCAUUUGAGAUCUGGGACUUGGGACGAUGCCCUGGCUCCAUUGACUCGCAUUGUCGGAAACGACAGCUGGAAGCAGAAGCAAGAAGAGGUCAUGGAAGUGCCAAUCAUGCUGAGCCCAGUCAAUGAGAAGACCGAGAUGGAAUGCGUCCAAGACCACUUAUGGGACGACGUGUUGCGCAAGAGCAAAGGGCUUCAGACUCUCCGAAAAGUUAGCCUGAAGACCAAAGAGCUCCUUCCAGAACAAGUGAGACGGCUGUUGAGGAAUGCCAGGAUCGCAUGGCAUUAG